CGCCUGUUUUGCCUCGGAGGGCGGAUAAAAAGCCCGGGUGGGACCGCGGCGGAGCGGAGCGGGCGCGGCACCGGCGCCGAGGGGGGCACGGCAGCGGCACCGGCGCUGAGGUGGGCACAGCACCGGCCGUGAGCGCGGCACCAGCGGUUGAGGCUCUGAAGGAGGAGGCCACCCCCCCAGGCAGCCAUGGCCCCCACGCUGGCCACGGCGCACCGGCGGCGCUGGUGGAUGGCGUUCACGGCCAUCAUCGAGAACCUGCUCUUCUCCGCCGUCUUGCUGGGCUGGGGGUCCCUGCUCAUCAUGCUGAAGGCAGAAGGGUUUUAUUCCUACCUGUGCUACGGGUUAGAGACCACCACCAACAGCUCUGAGCUCGACAACAGCACAGCUGUAGAGCACAAAUGGCCUUCCUGCAACGCCCAGGAUGAAAUGCUGAACUUGGCCUUCACCAUCGGCUCCUUCCUGCUCAGUGCCAUCACGCUGCCCCUGGGAAUUGUCAUGGACAAGUACGGCCCCCGCAAGCUGCGCCUGCUGGGCAGUGCCUGCUUUGCCGUGUCCUGCGUGCUGAUCGCGUACGGCGCCAGUAACCCAGACUCUCUGUCUGUGCUGAUAUUCAUUGCCCUGGCUCUGAAUGGCUUUGGUGGGAUGUGCAUGACCUUCACAUCGCUCACGCUGCCCAACAUGUUUGGUGACCUUCGUUCCACGUUCAUUGCUCUGAUGAUUGGCUCCUAUGCUUCCUCUGCUGUGACUUUUCCAGGAAUCAAGGUUAUAUACGACUUUGGGGUCUCCUUCAUCCUUAUUCUGCUUGUCUGGGCAAGCUGUGCAGGACUCGUUUUCCUCAACUGCUUCUUCAACUGGCCCCUGGAGCCUUUCCCAGGACCAGAAGACAUGGACUACUCGGUGAAAAUAAAGUUCAGCUGGCUGGGGUUUGACCACAAAAUCACUGGGAAGCAGUUCUACAAGCAAGUGACGACCGUGGGGCGCCGUCUGAGCGUGGGGAGCUCCAUGAAGGGCCCCAAGGAGCCGGCAGCUCUGCAGGAGAACAACAAGCUCUGUCUGUCUACUGUGGACCUGGAAGUGAAGUGCCAGCCUGACAGUGCAGCUACUCCCUCCUUCAUGAAGAGUGUCUUCAGUCCCAUCCUGUUGCUCAGCCUUAUCACCAUGUGUGUCACUCAGCUGAGGCUCAUCUUCUACAUGGGAGCCAUGAACACCAUCCUCGAGUUUCUGUCUGGAGAUGAAAGUCAAGUGGCUCUCUACACUUCCAUUUUUGGGGUCCUGCAGCUGCUGUGCCUGCUGACAGCGCCUGUGAUCGGGUGCAUCAUGGACUGGAGGAUGAAGGAGUGUGAUGAUGGCUCGGAGGAGAAUGAGGAGAGCGGCGCUGAGCAAGGUGACAAGAAAAAGAAAAAGCGUGACCGUCAGAUCCAGAAAAUCACCAACGCCACCAAUGCCUUUGUAUUCACCAACUUCCUGCUGGUUGGAUUUGGAAUCACCUGUCUCAUUCCUAAUCUACCCUUGCAGAUUCUGUCCUUCAUUUUGCACACAAUUGUGAGAGGAUUCAUCCACUCAGCUGUGGGAGGCCUCUAUGCAGCUGUAUACCCCUCGACUCAGUUUGGCAGCUUGACAGGGCUGCAGUCGUUGAUCAGUGCCCUCUUUGCCCUUCUGCAGCAGCCUCUCUUCAUGGCCCUGACGGGACCUUUGAAAGGAGACCCCCUCUGGGUGAAUGUUGGCUUGCUUGGCAUGAGCCUCCUGGGUUUCUGCCUCCCAAUCUACCUGGUCUGCUACAGGCGCAGGCUAGAGAGAGAAAAAAAGCAGAAGAUGGAAGAUGCCAAACUUUUCUUCAAAAUCAAUGGCACUCCCACUGAGGAAGCCUUUGUUUAAACUGGUGCUUCACGUACAACCUCCCCUGUACAAGUUCCUACCACAUCUGUGGGUUCUACCUGUGGUUGUAAGCCAGGACUUUUCUCCCCUGGCUCUGCCAGUCUUAGCUCAUCACUGGAGUGAGGGCUGGACAUCAGGACUGAGAUUUCCUCAGAUAUAUGGCAGGAGGAGACUUCCCACUCCUUACUCCAAAACACGGGACACUUUUCCUUUUUAUAAAGGCCACACAGAUAUUGUGUCUUAAAUUAUCCCUGAUCACACUCUCCAGCAGCAGAGAGUUUGCAUAAGAAACUGGGGAGAGAAGGAAUAGAGGGAUGGGGGAAGAGGGAAGACAGACCAUAAUUUGAGUUUGCUGAUGUAGCACACUGCAGUCUGUUUUCUCCCCCUCUUCCCCCAAACUUGGCUGACAGUCUCGGAUGCAAGCUGCACUCUCCUCCCUCCCCAAGGCUUCAUAAUGGUCUUUCUGCUUGAUGUGUAGCUGGACCCAGUGGUUUUACUGUCUCUCCAGACAUAUCCCUGUUUCUGAGGCAGGGAAGGGGUUUUUAUUCCUAUGUGUAUGAGCACAGCUUCAGUGUGUUGCUAAAUGUUGGCUGCUAGCACUGACAGCUCCCAAACCUUUUAUUACUGCAAAUGACACAGACUGUGAGCAAUGGAUCUGCCUUCCACACUGAAAUGAAGAGCCUACAGUGGACUGCUGGUCCUAGACCAAGCCUUGGGAGACCCGGAAUUCCUCUUCUUCCCGGUUCACAAACUCACCUGUACGUGUUUUAAACUGUCUGCAGUCCUGGAGCCUCUGAGAUAAGAAUUGGAUCUUGUUUACCGAUGAAGUGCUUUGAGACUUGUUGCCUUUUGCCUCUUCUUCCCCCCUGACAUGGUCCUGGGAGGGGAGCAGCAAUGUGUAUUCAGUAAAGUGGAGAAGCUUCUUGAAGCUGAGUUCUGGGGCUUCAGAUACCUUGGUGUUCACGUGCCGUGGGCUGACCUGCUGGUGAAAAGAACCAAGAGUGCAGAACACUCCUUUGUGUCUGGUAACUGGAUCCUGUGGACAUAUUGGCGGGGUGAUGUGGUGAUGUCAUUUUUCCUCUAGCCAUAGCUUAUUUAGCGUGGUAUGAUAGUGGUCACCAAGCUGCUGAACACCAGGGUACUGUGACUGACCAAAAUGCUGCCAGUUUGGCUGUUCUAGAGCCUUCCACAAUGCUGAUGCUCUGUCUGGACAGAGCACCUGGUGACUGAUUGUACGGUGAAGCUGUCAGAGCAAUACGUGUGGGUAAAGGUGCCCCAGGCCUGUGCACACCAGGGAGGGAAUACAAAGGGAAUUUUUAACCUGCUUAUUUUUAUAGAGGUUUUCCUUGUCUAAAGCAGACUUUUCUGCCCUUAACCUUGUUGAGGUCGGUAGCUCAGGCCCUGUGUUAGGCACUCACUGAGUGGAGCUGCUGGGAGCAGGACUGUGCAGGGAUGAGGAUGAGCAUCCCCGGUGGGUGCCCGGCCCCUGCUGCACUGGGCUGAGCUGGUGGCUGCGGGAAGGUUGGGGCAGAAAUAAAACAAUUAUGAAGACCCGGUGGUGAUGUUUUACUGCAAAGCCUGGCAGGGGCUCAGACAUUCAACCUCUCCAUGUCUGGUUGGAAAAGUACAAGAAACAGCACCGCACUGCGACCUUCCUAAGAGAAGGUCGAGAAGACCUUCCAGGUGAGAAAUGACCUGGAAGCGGGGCGUUAACCCCUUCGCUGGGGGUUUGAAGGGGACAGACCCUCAGCCCGGGCAGGGCUCCGGCUUUCCUGAAGGGCUCCGAGCCGCGGCAGCGCGGCCGGGAGCCCCGCGGUCCCCGGCUGGUCCCGGCUGGUGGCGGUGCCAGCGCUGCGCGGGCCGGCAGCGCCACCUCCAGUCGCUGCCGCUGCUCACUCCGUGGUACCUUGUGGUCUCCAGCACUCGUGUCAGAAGGACUCGCCCCACUUGAGAUUUUACACAUUUGUGAUUUUUUUUUAAGGUGUUGCCUUUAUUAAAUGUGUUUGUUUCAAGGCAGCCUUAGUGCCUGCUGUCGAUACUGUGCUCUUCUGGAAUUUUUUGUCUUUUGGUGAUUAUUUAGUGACCUUCCCAUAUUUUUUUUUGAGCAAUAAUUAAGGCGGAGUUUUGAUUAGUUUUCCUGGUCACCUGUCUUGUCUCAUGUCCAGAGACACACCAGCAGUGGUACAGCUUGCCUGGACUGCCAGAGGGCUUUCUGCAGGUUUCUGCAUUUUAUAUUACAAUACUUCUAAAUAUUUUGAGAAGUCCUGCUCAGAGAUACUUGUGACAUGACAAUGACAGAUUAAUUAUCAGAUUAAUUACUCCAUCCAUAAUCUCAGUGUCCCAAAGCAGAGUUGGAGGGUGUUUUGUGUGCUAGCCCAGCAUUACUUCCACCUCAGUUUCACAAUUGAAUGUGAUUUCUUCCACUCUUAUGUCACUUAAAUGCCUGUUACAAGUGUCUCAGCAAAAUAGUGGAACAGAGAGAGUGGCAUAUUUUAAUGAAGUCUUAGUGGAGAUGCUGCUGCCUUUUAAUUUAGCUGCACGUACUUCAAAGAACACACUUUCAUUUCUGCCAUCUACCUCCCUACUGCAGUUCCCAGAUCCUGCCCUUUAUUAGGGAUAUUUUCAAAUGCAGUUUCAUCUGAUAACCUGGUGAAUGUGUGUGCUUAAUGUCUCUGCUGAUGUGCCAUGGUGGUCAGAAGCUGCUGGGCAGCUGUGAGGAGCAGAGCUCAUGUCCUGGUGGGUGCUGAGGGAGGUUUUAGCUGUUCAGGGUUGAACAGACAAACGGGAUCAUGUUCUGGGGCUGUGCAAAGUCAAACUGUGGAAUUCUUUGCUGCAGAAUGUAGCGGAGAACAGAAGUAUCAUUUUGUGUUUUUUUAAAAAGAGGCUGGUUAAACAAUGGUCUGAUGCAUCCACUAACUCAGGGAGAUUUAAAGUUGCUGUAAAUAAGAAAGUUAUGCCAAGGAAAGAUACUUGUCUGCAUGUUCUGUCUUGUAAGAAUUGGUCAAAGCUGGAGAAAACACACUGGGCUGAAGUGAAACACUGGUCUGAUCUAACGGGCUGAAAUUUAUUUUGACAGGUGUGAACCAAACUAAUUUCAAGAGCAGUCUCAAAUUAAUCUAUUAAAAACCUGAAUCUGCAUGCAAGCUGUGCAAACACUGUCCUGAUUGUGGCAUAGCUGCUUCAGAGCUGCACCUCCUGCAGCAGUGGGGUCAGUGCAGGGCAAUAUUCUGCCUUCAGGUUCUUCUAAACAUGUGCAGAAACACAGCUGGGGUGGUUGAUCAGGGGCAGUUUGCCUCAUCCUUUGAUGCUUAGGGAAAAAGAAUUGUGGGUUAUGUACAUUUGGAGUGGAAAACGGCAUUGCUGCUUCCCAGCUGAGUGUGUCAGGACCAAGAGAAUUCCUGGUGCACUCCCUGUGUGCAUGAGCCACCUUGUGGGAAAAAUAAAUGGGCUACCAAAGACUAGAGAGUCACAGCAGUCUGCAUCAAUAAUGCAUUUAUCUGUUUAACUCAAAUAUAGGUCAAUGUGUUUAACUGCUCUCAUCAUCCCUAAAUUUGUAGGAUUUGGGGGGUAUUUUUAAUGUCCUUUUUACCUCCUUACCCUGAUCCAUAUGGGAAAUGCAAGGAGAGUGGCCAUGGGAAAGAACUUCAUGGAAGCAACCCCAAGUGAAUGUACAGAAGCAGAAACCUGAUCUGGGAGUGCCUCAGAGUCAAAGGUGUUGCUGUGUAAAGGGAUUGCACCUUCUGGAGGCACUGCUCUACAGCCUCUCACAUGCAUUUAAUCUGCAUUUGUAUUAAAAAAAAUGGAAUUCACAGAGCGGGGAAGGGAGGGUGACAGCUUUUUGCUCUCACUAAUCUGUCAGAACCUAAGCCCUGUUGACACAGCCUUUAUAGCACUAAAGCAGUGACACGAUGUCAGAAGGAGCAGGGAAAAUCUGUGCUUAAUAGGACACUUACACUGUGACAGUCACUGAGUAAAGCUAGAUCUGGAUCCUUGAGAUGAAACUGGACACUGGUGUCUGGGAAAAAAGGGGGCAAAUCUUGCUGAGACACCAACUUAACUGCAAUGAUGCUACAGCAACUGAAAUGUUUGACUCCCACAGCACAGCCUGGCCUCUUCAUGCUCUGCCUGCAGAGGAAAAAUGCAGGAUAAUGAGAUUUUAACUAAGUCCGUAAAUCACUAAAAUGAUUUCAAGUAGAUUUCCCUCUUGACAGGCUGAUGAAUUUGGAAAAUAUGCUACAAAAUUUAAAGCAGAUACUGUAGGGUAAAAGGAAUGAAAUCUUUAAACUGCAUAUAUUUGCUACUCUUUUUUUUUCCCCUUUGAUUUUUUUUUCUGCUUCUGCAGAGCUUUUUGGUGUUCCCUACACCCCAGUCUAGAAAUCCAAAGUGCUCAUAAUGGAAAAUAGUAUUACAGUAGAAUUCCUGAUGGGAACAGACUGGUUUGGGGUUUUUUAAAUUAAAAAAAGAGAGGCCGCUUCUGAUUUAUAAUUCACAAUGCUAUCUUCUCUGGAAUAGCUGAAACAAUGAUGUGUUACGUAGCUGCAGUGUUACAUGUUAAUUAUAAAGCCCACAGGUCCCUGUUUUCCUCCAUGUGCUGCCAGCCUGUCUCUGUGCAAUCUGUUUUUACCAGGUGUCCUGUGCUCCACGUUGUCAUCCUGCUGCUGUUUGUCACUUCCUCGUGCCUGACCCUCUGUCACCCACUUUUUAUUCUGGAGACAAUCCCCUCUUUCAAAAAACCCACUCUCCAACUCUGCCAGCAUUACCUCUCCUGUCUACCUUUUCCUGUCUACAGAAGUUUUUGUAGCGUUUGCCGAAGUGGAAUUGUAAACUCGGGGCAGGCCUGUGUCAUCUUAUCUGUGUUUGUAAGGUGAUGUGCACUCUUGCAGUACUAUCUCAAAAUAAAGUGAUAAUAAGUUAGUCAUUAGUUUUCCUUCUGAGGGGGAACAUAAUAAAAGCAUUUGUUGCUUCCUAA